ACCGGAAGAUGCGGGUGACGUCACGAGGGCCUACGCGUCUCGCGCGGGGCGGGAGUUGACAGACGGUCUCUGGCUGGAUUUCGGCGGCCCCGGGACCGCGGAAGAGGCUCCCGAGGGCGGCCGCGAUGCCCAGCCCGCGGCGGGUCAGUCAGCUUCUGGAUCUAUGCCUUUGGUGCUUCAUGAAGAAUAUCUCUAGAUAUAUCACAGACAUUAAGCCUUUGCCACCCAACAUAAAAGAUAGACUGAUCAAAAUAAUGAGCCUGCAGGGGCAGAUAACAGAUUCAAAUAUAAGUGAGAUUUUGCAUCCUGAAGUCCAAACUCUGGAUCUACGAAGCUGUGAUAUUUCAGAUACUGCUCUCCUGCACCUAUGUAACUGCAGAAAACUGAAGAAAUUAAAUUUAAAUUCCUCAAAAGAAAACAGAAUUUCCAUAACUUCAAAAGGGAUAAAGGCGGUAGCUUCAUCUUGUUCUUACCUGCACGAAGCUUCUUUGAAAAGAUGCUGCAAUCUCACUGAUGAAGGAGUCCUCGCUCUUGCACUCAAUUGCCGGCUGCUAAAGAUCAUUGAUUUAGGUGGCUGCUUAGGUAUUACUGAUGUGUCCCUGCAGGCAUUAGGAGAAAACUGCCCAUUUUUGCAGUGUGUUGAUUUUUCAGCUACUCAGGUAUCUGACAGUGGUGUGGUUGCACUUGUUAGUGGACCUUGUGCCAAGAAAUUGGAGGAGAUCCAUAUGGGGCACUGUGUGAACCUGACUGACGAGGCGGUGGAAGCUGUCCUUACGUGCUGUCCUCAGAUAUGUAUCCUGCUUUUCCACGGGUGCCCCCUGAUAACAGCCAGUCUGGGGUCUACAUGCUGGUGGUCAGCAUGUAGUCACCAUCCUUCACCUGGUGGCGGAGGAGGGGGUCUUAGUUUCUGCAGAACAACUCAAAGAUCAUUCACGAGAAGUCUUGGAGCAAUUAGUAGGCCCAAACAAACUAAAGCAAGUGACGUGGACCGUUUAUUGAUGCCUGUUGAAGCUUAUCACAGCUAUGAUCUUCAUACUACUUUCCCAGGAAACAGUGGUCUUAGAGAUUGGCUUUCCAAUAAUAUGAUUUAUGCUUUGAAGUUACCAGGCUCUUAAACGUUUUAAUAGUGCUGUUAUUUCUAAGUUUGUUUGAUGAGUGAUUGUUCUUGAAAUGACAGUCCUAGCAUGCCCUCUGAUGUGUUUGUUUCUUAAAUAACAAAGUUUUAAAUUACCUGUUUCCCCUGGAAAUUUCCUUCUCCUACCUAGAUAGUUGAGCUGCUACAAGAGAAAUUUACCAAUAUGGAUAAACAUUAGGAGAAUUCUAAGUAAAGUUAUUUCUAAAAGCAUAAUUACCUUGCUAGCUGUUUUCUGCCUACUCCCUUCCAAAGUAUUUAAAUGUCCACUGGCCAAAAAGCAAAGCUCAACAUCAGGCCUGUAACUUCUUCACAGACUUUAUUAUUUCAAUGAAACAAAGAAAUGUAAUAGUUUAAUGUCAUAGUCCAGGACAUCAUAUACCUUAGCCAUUCAGCAUAUGUAUGUUACUGAUUUUUAUGGCUACUUUUCCCAGAUACAUGCUAUUCAUCUACAAACUUUCUUCCUUAAAAACUGCACUCAAGGGACUUCCCUGGUGGCACAGUGGUUAAGAACCUGCCUGCCAGUGCAGGGGACACAGGUUCGAUCCCUCGUCUGGGAAGAUCCCACAUGCCGUGGAGCAACUAAGCCCGUGCACCACAACUACUGAGCCUGUGCUCUAGAGCCCGAGAGCCACAACUGUUGAGCCCUCGUGCCACAACUACUGAAGCCUGUGCACCUAGAGCCCAUGCUCCGCAGUGAGAAGCUUGCACAACAAAGAGUAGCCCCUGAUGGCCACAACUAGAGAAAGCCCGCAUGCAGCAACAAAGACCCAAUGCAGCCAAAAAAGUAAUUAAUU